GUAUAAACAUGGCCGUUAAAUCCUUUACAGCGUUGGGCUUCGCGUUUGGUUGAAUUAGUUCAGAGUUUGAGGAAGUGGGCGAAGCUAACUUGAUCGGUAACAGGUGUAAAAAAAAAAUGUAGACAGUUAACUGACGCGUCGGUGUUGUUUCGUGGUUGUAUCUUUGCGUGGUAAAUACAGUUAGAAACUUCAUGUGGUACUUAAAGCUAUCGAGCUAACCGAGCUAACGCCGACGUGCAGACGUUAACUUCUGUCAAGUUUCUCUCCGGGAGAGCUAACCUGCUAUCUGGACCGCCUGUCGACAUGGAGGAGUGCCGCCGCUGGCCCUGCCCGUCUCUAUGAAUGUUUUACACACGGACGUCUUGGAUUAACUGAGAGAAAAGCUGACCUAAACUUUCCUGAAGGCUUCUUUUGGGGUUGUUUUUUUUCCCCUUUUCCCACUCAGUAGACGGCCAUUUGUGAACAUCACCGUGAGGGCGGAUAUAAACAAUGUUUCCUGUCAAACCCAUGAAACCAACCUUCAAGAGUUAUCUUCCUCCAGUACAGACUGACAAGAAAGCUGUUGAGCAACCCAUUAAGAAGUUGGAGCCUAAGUUACUCCCAGGAGAGAUAGUGGUCAACGAGGUCAACUUUGUGAAGAAAUGCAUCAGCACUGAAAACAGCCAGGAUGACCUGUGGGGGAAGUUGAUAUGCACCAACUUUAAGGUCUCUUUCAUCCCACAAGAUGCCUCAUCAAAGCAGAAAACCCAGCUGUCCCACCUGCUGCUUGGAGAGCAUGACAUCCCUUUAACCUGUCUGGAGCAAGUAUUAACAGUGAAUGAUACCAAGGGGAAGAAAAAAGUAUUGGGCUCAAACCAGAAGCUGAAGUUCAACCCCACUGAGCUCCUUCUGUACUGCAAAGACCUGCGCGUCAUUCGGUUCUGCUUUGUUGAGGCUGGGCCUGAAAGUGCCAAAAAGGUUUGCCUUGCUAUUGCCCAUUAUUCACAUCCAGCAGACCUACAGCUGCUUUUUGGCUUCGAGUAUCAGGGACGGCGAUAUCAUGAAUCUAAAGGGGAGCAAGUUAAUGGUUCCACCACAAGAGGAGGGUUGCACACCCCACUUUUUGAUCGCCCAUCUGACUGGGAUCGGGAGAUCAAAAGAACAGGUGCUUCAGAAUGGAGGGUGUGCUCCAUCAAUGAGAAUUACGUCAUCUCACCAAGUCUUCCAGAGUACAUUGUGGUGCCAGUUUCCCUCGCAGAUCAAGAUCUGAAGCAGUACUCUGCGUUCUUCACCGACAAUCGCAUCCCUCUGUGGUGCUGGAAUCAUCCCAAUGGGAGUGCUCUUGUCCGCAUGGCCAGCAUCACAGAUCCACUGCAGCAGAGGAAGAUGGAUGGAAGGAUUUUUACUGGCAUCAAAAAAAGCCACCCACAGCAGAGCGAAGUUUUCCAGAUAGAUCUGGACAAGUGUCUGCCAAAUAUCCAGGAAAUCCAGAGUGCCUUUGUGAAAAUCAGGCAGAUCUGUGUGCUUGACCCUUUUGAAGAAUCUGAGGAGAGGUGGCUUUCAACGAUUGAAAACUCACGAUGGCUGGAGUACGUCAGGGCCUUUUUAAGAAACUCAGCUGAGAUAGUCUUUCACAUGGAUGGAAGGAAUGUAUCUGUUGUUCUCCAAGAGGAAGAAGACAGAGACCUGAGCUGCGUGGUGUCCUCACUGGUGCAGCUCAUGCUGGACCCUCACUAUCGCAGCCUGAUUGGAUUUCAGAGCCUCGUGCAGAAGGAGUGGGUGAUGGCUGGCCAUCGCUUCUUGGACAGAUGCAACCACUUAAAAAAGAAUGACAAUAAGGAGUCUCCACUGUUCAUGCUGUUCCUGGACUGUGUGUGGCAGAUGAUGAACCAGUACCCAGCAGCAUUUGAGUUCACAGAGACCUAUCUGACAGUGCUCAGCGAUAGCAUGUGGAUCCCACUCUUCAGUACUUUUCUGUUUAGUUCUCCCAAACAGCGGACUCAGUACUUAACGGACUUUGCCAAGAGUAAAGCCAUUCCUCAAGGAGAGGACCAGUCUGUGUAUUUCCCUCCUGUGUGGGAAUGGUCACAGCAGUUCUCCCACAAAGAUCAAACCCUCUUCAACAACCCCAUGUAUGUGGGUAAAGGAGCUGCCUGUGUCCAGAACGGGGAAGUGAAAUCUUUCACCCGCACAAAGCAGAAAACCUACAGCUCCAAUGCACGAGGCGCACUCCCGUCUGUGCGUAACGGGUUGAAGGGGAUCGAGGAUACACUGACCCGGCGCGGCUCCAUCAUGUCAGAGCUGAGGAGCGAGUUCUCCCCGGUGAAAGAGGAGAGUCCGACCGAGCGUUACCUCCGGGACUGGUUCUCUCAACCGGCUGACCAGCAGGGCGUCCUCAUCCCGCUGCUCCUGCCCUCACACGUGGCGCUCUGGAAGCUCUUCUUCCUGCGCUGGGUCCCUGAAGCAUGCAUUUCCAAAGGGGGCUCCAUCACCUCCUACCACAAGCUCUCCCAGCUGGUCGACGAGAUCGAGUUCCUGAAGAGCCAGCUCCGGCAGUACACGGGACCCAGUCCCGGCAGCACGCCGCUCCCGAGCCCCAGGGGGCCCCCUUCAGGCCAGGGUAGGAUGUAUUUCAAGGCCAGUUCUCCGGACGACCCCCCAACACCUCCAGACUUCCUCACCUCCUCCUUUCCUUUCACCCCGGUGGGAAACCUGUGCCGCCGCAGUGUCUAUGGGACUCCCAUUAGCAAGUUUCUGAACGGGGCGAGGAUCUGGCUCUCGACAGAGACUCUUGCUAACGACACUAUCUGAAGACGCGGGGCUUCGGGACUCACCUCUCUAAGCCUAAUGCAGAUUUUUGUAACGACUAAUCAUCUUAUUUUCUAUUACCUCUUUCUCGAAUACAAAAGUAGAAACUGAGAAAUAGACAAAUGCCAUUUUGGACUUGUGAUUUUAAAUUAUUUAUAAGCUAGAAUUUGCACCGUUGAUGCUGCAUCUAAAUCUGAUGUUAUUUCUAAAUUGAAGUGUUGUUUGUAGCACUGAACCAUUAUCGUGUCUUACAGUGGAGGAAGUCAGAGUUUCAUCAAACCAUCACUGUGAGGUCCUGGAUGACUGUGAAAAAUCAUAUUUUUAAUUUACAAUAGAUGUUUUUCUUGUCUGCUAUGUUUCAGGCCUCUGGAGGUUUACCUCUCACUAGUGCUUUUUGAGAUACUAAUACUGAAAUAAGGUGAAACAUCUUUUCCAACAUACGCCUGUGAUUGUUUCAAAAAGCAAUAAUCAAAAAUUGUUUGACCAUAUGACGGUGGUUUCAGGUGACUAUUACUUCUGAUUGGUCAGUAAGCUCUCCCUGCUAAAAUCGGAUGAGAUUCACAAUUUGGAAAUACACAUUUUUUUGCAGCAUCAAUCAUGCAUUUCACCUAUCACUGUUUUAUAAGUACUUAAUUUGUUUGUGCCUUCCAGGAAAUUCUUUUGAAGAUUUAUUGUUGGUAUUUUAAAUUAUAUUUCAGAAAGAGGAACAGAAAAUAACUCUUUAUAACAAAGUAGUCCACCUUGUGGUUAAGACAAAAAGGGUCUGACCGGGUUGAAUGUAAUGGGGUGUUUUGUUUUUCCCUUUUUUUCUUUUUUUUUUUUUGCACAAACCUACUGCUGUUUUCUACAAGUACCCAUAUUCUGUUAGUCGUUUUGGUGGCAAAUGGUGUGAUUUCAGGGUCUAACGUUGUCGAUUAAUGCUUUUAAAACAUUAAGGGCCGAUGUUUUUAGUGUCAUCAUGCAGGGGGAUACUGAGGGCAGGAGGAGCUGCAAGAAUUCAAACUGUGGUAGAUAUUGUCUUUUUUUUUUUUUCCUCACUGGGGUUUUUAUUGAUCUUUUUGGGGUCCUUCUGGUAAGGCACCGAUGAGAAACAAUGAGAUUGGCAGCCGAAUGGAUAAACAAUUGAAAGUAAAGGAACAGACAAAUCCAGUCUCAAACCAGUCUCAAGUUUAGUAGAUAGUGAUCAAUUUGAUUGAAGCUCUGAAGGUUGUGAUUCAUUGAGAAUGGCGCAUUUUUGGGACCGAAUGUGGAGAAACUUCAGCAAUAAUAAACCAUCUGGUGCCAAAGUGUCAUGAACGCACAGCUCAUGUAGCGAUUUCAUCCUGAAGUGAUUUGGAGGGAAAGCAAUGAUUGUGUACACUGUAUAACAUACUGUGUUAAUUUCUCUUGAUUUCUGCUAUGCAUAGGUAAACAAAUUAAUGAAAGAGCAAUAACUAGUGUUAACUGUACUUUCAGCUAAGUUAUUAGUAGUGAUGUUUAUUUGCUGUCAGAUGUAAAAAGGAAUUUUCUUGGGAGGUUUUAAAUUAUGUCCAUCCUUCAGUUGUCAUUUGGGGAAGUUAGCUUCCAGCUAAGCUCGGGACUGGAACGAGAUCUGUCUGUUUUGUUUUGUUUUUUUCUAAAACAUAAACUGAUAAAUUCACUAAUUAGUAUCUGAGUGUUUUAAAAUAACAGAGCAUUUAUUGUACCCGUCUUUGUAAUUCUGCAUCAUGCAACCACUGGACAGACUUCAUACCUGUCCCGAUACCGCAGAGGUGCAUUGAUCUUUUAAAGUCUGAUUGAUCCAUUUCUAAUCUUGUAUGGUGAACUUCUUUAGCAAUAAGUAGUUAGGAGUUUUGCCUCGGAUGUGUUCACACUCGUCAGGUUUGGCCUGUAUGAAACAAACCCUGGUUGGUGUGGUUCAUUUGUGGAAGUGUGACUGAGGCUGUGUGAGAACCAGAUCCGUUCAGGUUUAAUCCUGAACGCUGCUCACGCCAAACACAGGACAGACAUCUUAAAGCUUUUGUCUACUUCCUAGUUGGUGACAAUCUCUCAGCAAUAACAAAACAUGGAUUUGUGUUGCACACAGCAUGUUUGUGGAGGAUAAAUUGCAGACGAUAUGUCAUCCUGUGUCUUUUUGGUUCCAUCUUGGAAUUGCGAAGCGAACCAGGUGCAAAAAACUUUUUUAUUUCAGCUUUGGUCUGAAGCAAGACCUGAACAAGUGUGAACACAGCAGUGGUAAUGUGUAUAAUGUGAGUGCAAACCUGCUCUCCCAAAUGCUAUUAAUUGCACAUUUUACUCCAUAUAGGAUAGGCUCUUCUGAGGCAAAUGUUGAAUAUAAUUUUUGGCAAAUAUUUUAAAUACUGUAUAUGCUUGAAAUCUUUCUAUUCAUAUUUUUUGAUUGAUGGUACUAAACUUUAAUCCUUGAUUUAGUCCUUAUAUUUUAUGGAGAUAUAUUUAUAUGCUGUGUUUUUUCCACUAAUUGGGGAUGUUGCUCUCUGCUGUGAUUGUAUGAUGGCUGUGCUCCUGCUGGGGCGAAGUUUGAUAUUGAUCAACAGUAGAUGUAUUUAUUCUAUUUUGCAGAUGUUCUCUAAGAGGGAUCCAGUUGCUACUGUGUGUCCUCUGUGCCUUUUUUUGGGAAGACUGACCAUUUUUGUAGCUAUAUUUUAUAACUACAUUUCAAGAAAUGUUGAGAUGCUGAGUGAAAUGUAAAUAAAAAAAACUGCAAUGAAUAUGUGAAUAUUUCAAAGCCUGGAUUUCAUGGAGCGCAAUAGCAUUUUGGAAUUAGAUUUUACAGUUUUUGUGAUUGCAGUGCCUUCAGUGUGUUUUGUUAGUUCUAAGCAGUUAUAUGGUUUGACUGUAGAUUAAAAAUCAACACCUUGA